AAUCCAGGUAUCAAUUUAGUGAGUCAACAUGACGUCCACACUCUCUUUGCUCGCAUUAUGCAGUUCUGUACUGCUCGUUCAAGCUCAACUCAACUGUCCUGACAUUUCCAAAGUCUGUGAUAGUAAUCCCUGUACAAACGGUGCUCGCUGUCCAAAAUUCCUCAAUUCUGAAUGCAGAGUGAACACUUGUGAUGGAGUAUGCACACCAACUUUCUUCUUUCGAGGCCGCAAUGUGACAAGUCGAUGCGAAACGCUCCGAACAUGUGCGUCGAGAAAAUGUCCUCCUCGUAGGCCGCAGUGUGUUGAUGAAGUAGUGGAAUCUUGCAACAAGAGAGGCCGAUGCAGACAGAGGCUUGAAGGAGUAUGUAUCAAACCUUCCCCAACAGAGCAACCGAAUACAGUCUCAACUUCAGCUUCCAUCACAACUCCUCUACCAACUAACAAUACCCCCUUCACUACGUCACCAACAGAGAAUCCCUUUACUACCAACCCUUCACUGACUACACCGACUUUAUGUCCCCAAGACUGUUCUAGUUUGGGCCUGCAGUGCGUUCCAAUUCCGCUUACAGUAAAUGGCGUAGCGACAUUAAUUGGGAUAUGUUUGCCACCGACUGGACUCAAUUGUGAAGACAUUGAUUGCCCUGAUAAUCAAGAAUGCACUAUACAGUCGUUUGUUGAAAGAAAUGUAACAUUUUCGCAAUGUGCUGCUUUCUCUAACUUUUCUCGAUUGAUGCCCUCAUGUGCAACAACACAAUGUCCUGAAGGAACGGUGUGCAUUGAUUUACGUUCUGGAGACAUGCAAGUAACGGGGCAAUGUUUAGUAACAAACUGUGCGAACACUAACAUUUGUAACACUCAGUUGGGUGAAGUUUGUACAUUCGUUCCAGAUGAAUUUAGAUUGGAUAAUAUCAGUUCUGUAUGCGUUUCAGGUUUUGCUCAGUUCCAGUUUGGAACCGAGACGUGUGAGCAAAGUGGUCGCGUAUGUCCAAGUCGUACGAUUUGUCAAGAAGCAUUUCUUGAUGACCUUCUCGGUACCAUUUGUGUGGUUAGUCAACCUCCUACGGAUUGCAGUCAAAUUAACUGCAGAGAAGAUGAAGAGUGUCUAUUAAUAACGUCUGUUGUUUCACGCUCUUCAACUCGCUGUAUUCCGAAUGCCGGCUUCCAGGCCAUCUUGGGAAUUUUGGAAGCUCUCGGUAUAGUGGAAAGUUCAACAACCACUCCUACUUCAAUUACCCCUACAGAAUUUCUUACAACACUUUUCAAUACUCCCGUUCCACCAACAACCCCGUCCAGUAUGAGUUGUCCCUUUAAUUGCUCGUUUGGAACAACUUGUGAGAUUUUAAAUGGGUUCCCAACCUGUGUACAACCAACAACAUGCACAGACGAUUUUACUGCAUUUUGUAUGCAAACCGGUUUUGCCUGUCGAAAAUCCAAUGGUAUAUCACGUUGUGUUUCGCCAAGCAGCUGUGAAGAACUAACGAUUUUGUCACCAUGUCCUAUUGGAUUGCGGUGUGUUACGUUCCUAUUGCCAGGCCUUAACGAUACCAUAGCAGCAUGCUUACCUCUGAUUGGUCGUAGCUGUGACGAGAUCACUUGUAGUGAAAGUGAAUUGUGCGUAGUGACAGAGCUGGCGGCGAGAGAAUUGACAGCUGCUCAAUGUAUACCAUCCCCAGAUCUUAUACCUGAGACGUGUGCUACUCGGCAAUGCGAUGAGGGAAGUGUGUGUAUCGAUCUACAGGUGGAUGGAUUUUCUGUGAGAGGUAUUUGCCUAGAAACAAAUUGUGCAAACAGUAGCAUCACGGUAUGUGAUGGUGGUAGUACAUGCAUCGCAGUGCCUCCUGAAGUCGAAACACUGGCAGAAUCGUUGUGUGUUGUUUUUGAUGUGGCUCCUCAGUUGCAGUUUGGAACUCAGACGUGUGUUGAAAAUGAACGAGUCUGCGAGUCGUUUGAAGUUUGCAACGAGGCAUUCAUUGAUGGUAGUAUAAUUGGUACGGCUUGUCAGCUUUCACUCAAUUCUUCCACUUGCCAAGGCUCCAUGUGUGGAGAGGGUGAAGAGUGUGUACUUAUAACAGCUGAGGGCAUUGGGACAAUACAGAAUUGUGUAUCUACCGAAGAAGUUGAUACAUUGGUUUUGUUCUUUGAGAUAAUUUUCGCAAAUAACUGAACGUUUGUGACUAACUGAACAUUAAUACUUAGUCUAUUACUUUGAUGUCCUACUCCCUUACUUUUGCAUCUUUUAUGGUAGCUAUUUACUAGAGCACUGAAGUGCUAACCCUCGGCUGUUAAUGAAUAAUAUAAAAUUA